AUUAUGGAAGGCCCGGACAAUGUCUCAGAGAAGUUUGACAAUAUCCUGUUCAACACUCAAUCGCAGGAUUAUCUAGAGGAUAUUCUUAAUAAAGUGCUAUUGAAAGCACAUAAAUUUGAUAAAGCCCUUCCUAAAAUCGAAGAAUUCUUGACAUCAAUAGGGCAUAAUAUUCAAAUGCUUGAAGAGUGACAUUGCUUGAUCAUACGGCUAAUAAACACCCAGAACUUUCAGAAUAAGACUAAAGAGGUUGCAUUGAAUAUAUUUGAUUCUUUCCUCAGCCUGAUUGGAGACAAGGAAAUGGCAUCAUCUCCUAACUUACAUCUCAAAAAUACAGCUGCUAGGAGCAGGAAUAGCUCAAGACUUGAAGACAGAAAAGGGAGCUACUUUAGGACACGAAGAUUUGGAGAUGAUAUUAGUAAUUUAAAUCUCACUUAUCAUAGAAAAGAAGACCAUCAGUUCAAAACAUAUAUAAAGAUAGGAAAGCAGAUAUCAACCCCUGUGAAGACCCCAAGGUUUUCUAAUGGGCUAGAUGAUCUCCCAAAGCAGGACUUCCUUGAGAUUAUAUCAAUUAUUUGUGUCAGCUUGGCUAUAAAGAAGGAAGAGACUGUGAAAUUUACUUAUUUUGAAUUACAACAUCUGAUCGGGACUAAUUAUAGAAAUUCACAAUUGCUUGAAGCAGAGCAAUUAGUUUGUGAGACCCUUGAAUGGAACCUGAACCUUCCUACAUGCUAUGAAUUAACACAAAGACUCUUGACUUUUGUCAAUCAUGAAUAUGACUUUUCAAGUUUUCUCUCAAAAACUCAAGAAUUUGUGGAUCUUUGCUUCAUGGAACCAAAAUUACUAAAAUUUGGAGUUGUAGACAUGGCUUUUGGCAGUAUCAUCUAUUCACUCGAGUUUUAUCAAUGGUCUGACUUCUUAGAGCAAUGGAAAGAAGCUAUAUUUGAUUCAUUUGGACACAUUUUUAUUAAAUGAAAGUAAUCAGACUUAUGAACAAAAGAAAGAGAGAAUGUUUAGAAAAUCUAUGUGUCUAAAAGACGAAGUUAUGGACAUUAUAAACACCUUUAAAAGCGUUAAAGAUGACAUCACUAGUCUUAAGCAAUCAAUUUCACAUCUCUCAAGUCUUGCUCAAGAGAGCAACAAGGUGUCUAUAGUAAGAGGAGUCAGUAUCCUAAACAAUGAAGAAUCUAAGCUCACAUCAGAUGAAGAGUUUAUUUCCUUCUCUGUAAGUCAAGAGGUCUCUGAGCAUGAGAGACAAAUCAAGCAAAACAUUUACAAACUAAAGAGAGAUAUCUCUAAUAAAAUCAUGAAUAAUCAGCAUUUAAAGAAACUUGUGAAUAAUUUCCCCAGAAAUAGAUUUGAACAAUCAGAGAAAAAGGAGAAGAUAUCUGUAGUCCAGGGGGAUAUCUUGAAUCUUGACAAAUUUACAAAGAGUUUAGAAAUAGAUGACCUUGAGGAUAAACAAAUCCUUGACCACUUAGAGAGCAACAUUAAUUCGUUCCUUCCAAGUCAUGAGAAUACUAGUAUUCUGACUGAGGGUAAAUCAUCGAUUCAUUUCCCGCAGCCACAGAGGUAUAACCAUAAAAAUUUUGUUUCAAGAAAUAUAAACCUUCAGCCAGAUGCUAUAAAGAGGAGACUCAAUUCAGAUAUCCAAAAGUGACAAUUUUAUGAAAAUCUAUAUUGCCAUAUGAAACAAAACUCUACAGUAAAUAGACCCUCUAGUGAUCUUAACGAUAUUGAACUAACCGUAGUCGAAACAGCAAGGUUUGGCAAGAGUCAAGAUUAUGGUACAAAGCGAAUAGAAAAAGACUUCAGCAAAGCUAUUAGAAAUAUUAGACAGAGGCCUUCUAAUUAUAAACCCCACAGUAAAUGAUCCUCAAAAAGGAAAUCAGUAUUGAAGAAAUCUAAAGUGAGGGAAUCUAUACCAAAAAUGGCUCAUAUCAACCCAGCUAUAAAGUUUCAGCCGCCAUCGAAACAUAAAUUAAUUAAGCUUCAGCCAAAGAUGUUCCCAGUAAAUGAUGAUAGACUACAUACAACACGAGUGAGCCAUGCGAGUCAAGAUUGGAAGCCAAAGUUCAACUUAAAGCCAAGAAUUUCCAAGAAUGCUCAUAAAAAGUCAUUCUGUGGGUCCUUUCGCCAAGCCCAGAUCCAAGAAAGUGAUAGAGUUAAGAGGAUAAGGAAGAGGAGGCUGCAGAGCUAUCUCUCAUAACUCCUU